GCCUGAGGCUCCGCUGCGGCUCCCGCCGAGGCGGGGAGGCCGCCUUCUUCCCCGCAGGGCAUGAGCGGAGGCGCCGGGGCUCCGGAGCGGCCUGAGGAGCGGCAGCGUUUCCCCUCGCCCGGCAAGUCCUUCCCCAUCUCGGCUCUGAGGCAAAAUGGUCUCCUGCAGGCCCUCGUGCGGGGAGCGGAGCAGGCGGUGGGCGCCGAGAUCAGCGAGGAGCUGCAGCGAGCCCAGGAGGAGUGGGAGGCUGUGGAAGAGAUCCAGUCAGGGCUGGGGGGGACGUCGGCCGGCGCCGCGCCCCCGAUCUCCUUCAACGAAGCGCUGCAGUACUUCCAGACGGCCGACCUCGCUGAGUGCAGGAAGAAGGUCCGGGCGACGGCGCGCAGGCGAGGCCUGGCUGCUCUGGUUCGCUUCCUCUUCGGCCCUCCCCGGCUCCAACCGCAGCUGCAGGGAGAGCGGGAGCUGGCUCUGGCCAUGGCGCAGUGCGGUUUGGAUGAUAACGAGAGAGUGCACAUGAGAAUCCUGCAGACCAUUUACAAGAAGCUGACCGGCUCCAGGCUGGGCUGCCCGCGCUACGGGACGCACUGGGAAGAGCUCGGCUUUCAAGGUACGGAUCCCGGGACUGAUCUGCGAGGGACGGGGAUGCUGGGCUUGAUGCAGAUCCUGUACUUCGUCACGGACUCGCGGACGCUGCCGCUGGCUCGAGAGAUUUUCCAGCUAUCCCAGCACGAAACCCAGAAUUUCCCCUUCUGCAUCAUGUCCGUGAACAUCACCCGCAUCGUCCUCCAGGCCCUGAGGGAGGAACGUCUCUCCAGGGAGUGCAACCGCAGGCAGCAGGUCAUCGCCGUGCUGAACGACCUGUACGCGGCGGCCUUCCUGCGGCUCUACCGCGUCUGGAAACGGCAGCGCAAGACCGUCGCCGACUCCGGCUUCCUCCUAAAAGAGCUGGAGUUAUCCACCAAAAAGAAACCGAAGCAACUCCUCAAAUCCCUGGAGGCCUACGUGAACCGAAACCCCGCGGCAGACGACCUUCGGCAACCCUCCCCUCCCUCCGGCGGCGAUAGCCGGGCCGGCGAAGAGAUUCCCUUCACGGGCGUCUGCGACCUGCGGCUUGAGUCGGAAGGAGAAACCCGACCGAGCUGAGCCGGAGGGAGCCGCGGCGCGGGGAGCCCCGCUCCCCUCUCGGAGGACGCCUGCCCGCCGCCACCGGUUAGGGGGGGGGCUCGGGAAGGGCCAGCACCGGUCGAGGCGGUAGCCGCAGAGCGAUGGGAGGUGGCCGUCGCUCGGAGAAGCGAGG